AUGAAUAAUAUGGAUGACACAGGGCCUCCUAACAAGCGACCCAAGUAUGAUCAUAGCCCACAUAAACCUGGUUAUAGCUCUCCUGGUUCGUCAAGAGCAGCUAACUUUGAGGAGUUAAAAAUUACUCGGAGGGCACUACCAAUUUACCCAGCGAGGCAGAAAAUUAUCACCGAAAUUCGAAGACUGCCUUCUGCCAUUGUUAUAGGAGAAACUGGAAGUGGUAAAACAACACAGAUACCUCAGUACUUACUAGAGGCGGGUUUGAAUCAUGGAGAUGUUAUAGCCAUUACACAGCCUCGACGUGUCGCAGCAAUAUCUGUGGCUGGUAGAGUUGCUCAAGAAAGAAAUACUGCACUUGGCACUGUUGUUGGCUACUGUGUCAGAUUUGAAGAUGUCACAUCUCCUGCAACAAAACUGAAGUUUAUGAGUGACGGAAUGUUGCUUCGAGAGGCCAUCUUGGAUCCAACACUCACUCGCUACUCAAUUGUUAUACUUGAUGAAGCCCAUGAGAGAACAAUUCACACUGAUGUCUUGUUUGGUGUGGUCAAAGCGGCUCAGAGACGUAGAUUAAAAACUGGUCUGAAACUGCUGAAGAUUAUUGUGAUGUCUGCAACAAUGGACGUGGACCAUUUCUCAAGCUACUUCAAUAAGGCACCAGUUUUAUACCUGGAGGGAAGGCAGUAUCCAAUCCAGGUAAUGUAUGCAAAGGAACCACAGAGUGACUACUUGUUUGCUUCUUUGGUGACAUUCUUCCAGAUACACAAGGAGGCCCCAGCAGGAGAGGAUGUUCUUAUAUUUCUGACUGGUCAAGAAGAAAUUGAAUCAGCGGUGAGAACUAUUCGUGACCUGGCUCGUGACUUACGAGAUGUGCCUCAGCUGUUGGUGUUACCACUGUAUGCAGCCCUUCCAUCUCAAACUCAGAUUAAAGUAUUUUCAAAGACACCUAAGGGUUAUCGCAAAGUUGUAGUCUCAACAAAUAUAGCAGAGACAUCCAUCACUAUCCAAGGUAUUAAAUAUGUCAUUGACAGUGGAAUGGUCAAGGCAAAAAUGUAUAACCCUCACACUGGCCUAGAUCUUCUGAAAGUGGUAACUGCAUCAAAGGCUCAGGUAUUGCAGAGGACAGGGCGAGCUGGCCGAGAAGCUCCUGGGGUGUGCUACCGGCUGUUUACUGAAGCAGAGUUUGAUAAACUGAGUCCAAACACUGUACCAGAGAUUCAGAGGUGCAACUUGUCUAGUGUUGUGUUACAGCUUAUGGCUCUAGGUAUUUCUGAUGUAUUAACUUUUGACUUCAUGGAUAAGCCAUCUCCUGAGUCCAUAAAGGCAGCAUUAGAGGAACUUGUGUUGCUGGGGGCCCUAGAGAGACAAGACAAAUCUGAUAUACUAAAGCUAACACCUUUGGGUAAACAAAUGUCAGCUUUUCCAUUGGAUCCCAGAUUUGCAAAAACUAUUCUGUUGGCUAAAGAGUAUGGGUGUUUGGAGGAAAUCCUCAGCAUCAUUUCAGUACUGUCUGUGGAUAAUGUUCUUGUGAGCCAGUCAAGCAAGAGAAAAGAGAGUUUAGAGGCACGCCAGAAGUUUAUGUCUAGUGAUGGUGAUCACAUUACACUUCUAAAUAUUUAUCGUGGCUACAAAUCUGUAAAUGGCAACAAGAGCUGGUGCUUUGAGAAUUUUAUUAAUGCACGCAACAUGCAAACUGCCUUGGAAGUGAGGAAACAGCUUCGUGAGAUUUGUGAACGCAACUCCAUGACAUUUUCCUCAUGUGGGAAGGACACUUCUGCCAUUAG